AUGGAUAUGCCAUUUCUGAAACUGCUAUCCUAUUUUCUGCUUCUUUCCUCCUUUGAUCUGGCUUCUUCUGAAGUCCACAUCGCUGCUUGCUUUGACCACAACUGCACAAUUAAUAAAAACUUCACUUCCAAUAGCCCCUACCAGUUCAACCUUAACACUCUCUUCGGUAUCUUGUAUGAAAAGGCCGCCGGCGGUGAUACUCCCGAAUUCUUCAACACCAGCUCUGCCAACGUAUAUGGAGAGUUCAUGUGCCGAGGUGACGUCCCCAUUCAGGUCUGUCGAGAUUGCGUUCAGGACGCCAUAAAUCGAAUGGCCUCAGAGUGUCCCUACAACAAAGAGGCAGUCAUCUGGUACGACCAGUGCUCCCUCCGCUAUUCCGACCGUUCUUUCUUCUCCACCCUCGAUCAACUGCCGACAGUUAGCAGAGCGUUGUUAACCAGCUGUCUCCGUAAACCAAUGUCAACACAAUGCGGCGAGAUGCUACCCCCUCCAAACCCAGAUGCAUACGCAGAAUUAAAUAAGACGUUGAAUGAUGCGGUGAUGGAGGCGGCGACGCCAGGUGCCAAGAAAUUUGCGACAAAGGAAGCAAACUUUAGUGGGGGAUCGGUGUACACUCUUGUACAAAAAUGCUUUACACGGAGGAACAAUUCAGAAUCUGAUCUGCAAUUUGAGAUUCGGAGAAGACCGAUUUAUUACAAGGGCGACCAGCCUCCCUCCACGGCAUCUGAAGUUGGAAGUGAAGGAGCUGUGUUAGAGUCAUUACAGUUCAAUUUGGCAACAAUUGAAGUUGCAACAGAUAAGUUCUCAAGUGAAAAUAGAAUAGGCAAAGGUGGAUUUGGAGAAGUCUUCAAGGGCAUUCUUCCCGAUGGCAGCAAAACUGCUGUAAAUAGAUUGUGA